CACGCGUCGUGACGUCACCCGGCGGCGCGUCUCAGCGGCGCGAAGCGGGCGCCGCGGGAUAGCAGGGAGGGAGCCCGGGGCAGGCGGGGCGGCCGUUGGCGACGGUUGGCGAGGCGCGGCGCGGCGCGGCCCCACCCCGCCACCGCUGCGGCGCGCGGCCCUGCCAGAGGCGGCCGGUCCCGAGGGCGGCGCCGUUGCGGGCUCGUCCCCUUGGGACGGCGCUUCGCCGCCGAGGGCCGAGGCUGCCGGGGCGCCUGCCGCCGAGCUCCCGCCCCUGGCGCUCCGCGGUGCCGGGACCUCCGCUACAGCAGCACCGCGUGCCCGCAGCCGCGCCGCGCUCCCCGCGGGGCCCCCGGCAGGUGGCGCUGCGUGCCCGGAGACGCGGGCGGAGGCGCAGGGAGGUCGCUGCGGGGCUGCGGGCCGAGCCGCGUGCGCUUCAGACGCCAUGUCUUUGCGCAGGGGCAGCGCCGAGAGGGAGGCCUUUGCCUUACGGGAGUGCGGAGCCCCCCGGAGAGCUGGUGUGGGUCUGGGUGUCAGGGCUGGGAACAGCAGUUUGCUGGCUGGAGCUAGAAACGCUCCUGAGAAUCUGCGCUGCUGCUAGCUCGGGUUGUUCGAAAAGAAGCAGGAGCUGUUUGUUCAGUGUGCCUGGCAAAGCUAGAUCAAGGUUACUGACGCACGCUUGCAUACUGCUCCCCCGUGCUGUGCGGUGCCAUGUUUUGCUCAGGUCUUAGUCUGUCGUGAUCUGGAGAGUUAAAUGAGAAGGAUACUUCUAGACUGACAGAGAAUAUAGUCUCCUAAACAGGUUUAAAAUUUAAUCAAAAUAUGGAACCAUGUCAGUAUUUAAACGCAGGCUACUUUGUCUGUUUGUAAAUGGCCUGCAGACACUCAGCCAAUUGCGUCUGCUGAAGGUGGCCUCUACCUUGAGCUGAGCAGUGUCCUCUGCCGUUGCCCUGUGUGCUCAACCUUGCUCACUCUGCUUCCCCCAAGCACUGGGGUUCCUUCCUUAGCCAGCCCCGAGAGAGCUGUUCAGGGCUCCUUCUGCCGUGCCAGUCAGCCCUUUCAGUCUCUGCAGCUGGACAAAUACACUCGAUAACCAAUUAACCCCUUCCUUACCAUUGCUUAAUAGGCUUUUAAAUCUCCUGUUCCAUUAUUAAAUCAAACAUUGGCGACGUCAGUCAAACAAGACAUUGAGCUAGUUAUAGGUCAUUGAAUUGCUAUUGCCCUUAUUCUGCUUAUCUGUAGUGGUUGAUUUUCAUGACAACAAUCAUCAUUUCUCUAUAUUAUAAUCUGGUUGUUACAAGUGUAAGAUUGUAUUGUCAGCAUUAAGCUAGUAGGAAAGAGAACUUUUAAGGGCAGUUGAUAGCAACCUACAAUAAAUAUGAAAUGGAAAUUUUGUAUUUGUCAGCUGAAAUAUUAGUAUCUUUCCUGGUACAUUCUUAAUCUGCCAGAAAUUAAAGGGAAUGAGGCCCUGAGAGUAGUGAAAUCUCCACACUUCGGAGAAGAAUUUAAUACUGCUUUCCCAAAACAUGGCAGCAGAAUCCAGACCAAAAAGGCUAUAGCUACCAGAGGAAAAGCUCGUAGCAUUGUGUCUCUUUAAGUUUUAAUGCUCAUACAGCCAGCCCAGGCUAUUGACUAAUGUAAACUGGGAAAUUAGCAAACCUUAGAUUCACAUCUCUCUCAAUUUUUCUAACAUCUCAAUUCAGCAUCUUAAACAAGAGUCACAAAACUGAUUAAACUCUAGGGUUGAUCUAAGAAUGUAUCUUUAUAGAUACGUAGAUACAUAGCUAAGUUAGUUUUCACUGUAUGUUUCCAUAUGUGCAGGUCUGGCUGCUACUGUCUACUGUAAAGUCACUUUCAAUUUCAUUUCACCAUUAGAGGUGACCAAUACUUUGCAGUUUCAGACUAUUAGAGGCACAUUACUUGACAUAUUUCUAAAUAUUAGACCUGAUCUUCAUGACAUUCCAGGAGGGCAGGAGUUGUCCAAACCUUUUAAGAGAAUGAAGUUAUUAUGGAAUAUAUUAGUAAUGGAGUGCUGGGGUUCUCAGCCAUUACCUGUUGGUGCUUGGCAGUUGCUGGUUGGAGUCCUGUUCCCCUGCUCAUGUCUUCCUGCUGCCCUGGCUUGAUCCCUCAUUUCUGGACUGCGUUAUGAUACAUCCAGCUCUGAAAGUAAAUUCUGAAAUGUGGCUAUGGCACAAUCCAUGCACUACAGCUGAUGUUCUGCUGCAGGAGUCUGUCACUGCUGGGAACUUCAAAUCCUUCACUUUCACACAUAAACAUUUCCUGCUGAAGAAAUAAGCCAUGCAACUUAUCAUAUGAGCAAAUCAGAAGUACCAGUUUCUUUCUGGCUGAGGCAGAACAGCAUUGUCUUGUUUAAACAAAAAGAAAAAACACAAAAUAGUCUUUUUCCAGCUAGAGAGGCAUCACAAGAACAUACGGAUCAACUAAACAACAGGGGGAAAAAAAAGAACAAAAGUAGAACAGGAUUGGGACUGAGGUUAUUGGGGCUAAUAAGGGCAUCCCUCUCAAUUGUAGAACUCCAGAGAACAGCACUGUGCCAGGAAUAACUUGAGAGUCAAUGGGAUCUCCUAGAAGAUCUUUACUUGGAUGGGAGAAAAAUUUCAGAGCAUGUUGCUCUUCAGCUUUCUGCUGUGUUAGCAAGACUGGCAAUUAGAUGCCCUUCCUGUCCUUGACACAUCUGAUUUUGACUUGUACCAUUGCACUACAAUAAACUAGCUUUAGGGAGAAAAGCACUUUGGGUGUUUCAGCUCUUGACUUGCAUUAAUAAUAAGCCAUAUUCCCAUGGUUUAUUUCCCAUGUGGUGUCCUGCAGUUAAAAACCCUUAAGCCCUUUUGGAAAGUUGGCUAUUCACGGAGAAGUCUGCUUGUCUGGGCUACAGUUUCUGUGAGGUUUUUUUUGUUAUAGGCAGGGGCAUUUGUAUGCAGGAUUUUAAUUCAAAAUGAAUUUGUUUGCAUCUGCUGGCACAACAGGUAUUUGCUGUGGAAGUGAGUUAAAUUAAAAAUAGGUGAUGGAUCUUUCAAGGGGACAGAAGGGCUGUGGGCUGGCCAAAUCUUACUAAGAUGUAGUACAAGCAGUAGGAACCUUGUCUAAAUAACAAUCCAAGUGAGACUCAGACACAACUGUAAAAGCUUUCUCUAAACCAAAACAUCUGAUCUGCAUUGGCAAGACUGGUUGCUGAAACUUCCGUCUAAGGUUUUUGGGCAGAGUUAGAUAAAGGGCAGUUUUCAGCUGAAUGCCGUAAAUCAUCCUUAUCUCUCACAUCAAGGUACAGCUUCCAGAAACCGUAAAUCCCAGUAUGCAAAGCUGCUUGGUUUGAAUGGAAGGAACUACUUAGGCUGCAUAUCUGGGUUGCAAAUGAAGGUUGGAUGGUACAAUGCUGUUCUCCAGCCAGCCUUUCAUCUCCCAUACCCAGAUGAUACACUGGCCUUCCUUGUCCUGAGCACGCCUUCAAUGUUUGACAAAGCUCUUAAGCCUUUUGUGAACAAAGAACGGUUAAAAAUAAUCAGGGAUCCUGUGGACCAGUGUGUUUCUCAUCAUUUAUCAUGUGUGAAGGAGAAAUUCCCUGACCAGAAGGUGGACAUCAUCUGUGAUUACGAGAUCCUGCCAAACCGAAAGCCCAAGUUCUUGGCACAGACAGCUGCCCAUGUUGCAGGAGCAGCAUAUUACUACCAGAGGAAGGAUGUGAAGCUUGAUCCUUGGGGGGGAAAGAAGAUCUAUGGCGUAUGUAUCCAUCCCAAGUAUGGCGGCUGGUUUGCUAUCCGGGCUCUUCUCCUGUUCCCAGAUAUUCAGGUACCAUUCCUGGAACAGUCUGCCCCUACUGACUGUGUGAGCACAGAGGAGAAAAGAAUUGAGUUGCUGGAGCAGUUCAAUUUCCACUGGCAGGAUUGGCGUUACCGGGACAUAAUUGAAGUGAAGGAAAGGUACUCAGAGGAGCAGAAAGCCUACUUUGCCACUCCUCCAGCAGAGAGAUUCAGACUGCUAGGCCUGCCAGGAGAAGCCCAGAGAAACACAUUUCACUGAACAACACGGUUUCCUGAAGGGUCAAGGUGUGAGCAAAGUGUAACUCACCAGCACCUUCUUUCCUGUGCUGCUGAGGAGGUAGAUGUGCUGAUACAGAGAGAGUGAAUCCGAGCAGCUGUGUACAGCAUCUCAGUCCAAACAUCAGCUUCACAGAACGUGAAGGAACACUGCAUCUUAGCACUAUUGAUCUGGAGGAAGAUGGGGGCAGUCCGAUCCAUGCUGUUGUGGAUUCAAUGUGUGUUUUUUGAGUGUAGUAAGAUGCCCAUUAGCCUUUGGCUGGGCAAAGUUCAGACAUCUUUGCACUAGAAAACCCAUGCUGCUAAUUAGAAAAGUCAUGUGUCUUAAGAAUUUUCUUUCCAAAUGUUUUGGAUUUAUUCUGUGUAAGAGUUAAAAAAUAAAUUUUCACUCAUUGUUCUCUGAAAUAAUUUUUCUUCGGUAUGAACUCAGGGCAGAUAUUUUUUAUAUGUAUCUAGCACUUUGUUACCCUGUGUUAUAACUCUCCUGGGAAACAAAUGUUCAAUCUUUUCAGUCUUGCCCUCCUCAGAAAAAAAAGGUGCUCUGCAUUCCUUCACCUUUAGUGAAGCUGGCUUAAUUUAAUUAAGAGAUCGUUUAAUGUCUCCUCCCCUUAACCUCCAGAAGAAAAUUCUCCAAAGAGAUUGUUUCAGUAAGUAGCAUAGUCCUGUACAUGGAGCAGGACUGAGCAAAACGUUGCUCAACAGCAGCCUCCUUUUUCAGGAUAGUUAUGAAAGAGAAAGUGACGGUACAAAGGUGACAGAGUAAGUCUCAUAUAUUUCCUUUGCACCCAGUGUCAGCUUCUUAGAACAAAGUGAAAUCUUUAGGUCAGUUUUAAGAACUUACUGCUAUAUUGAGCAGCCUAUGCCUAUGUGAGUAGAGUUUUAGUCAUAUUAAGCUGAUUGACUAAAAAAAAAAACUUUUCACAACCUUUUUCUAAAGUAGGUGAGAUUUGAAUUUAAAUAAUUUCCAGUGUCGUGCCAGCUAUACUGUGGUUUUACUACAAGAAUUUCCUGUUGUACUUUCUGUUUUUGUGUGAGGGAGAUCAUAAACUUGCACGCACACAAAAACCAUUAUGUGAAACAUUGUCACACACACAGACAACAAAGCAGAGGGAAAAAAAAGAGGGAAAAUAUGCAUGAUUUUCAUGUUAUUUAUGUUGCUGGAUAACACAUUUUCAGACAAAAAUAUAACUUUCUCUUUUUAGAUGACUGUAUCUUGUUUGAUUUGUUCAGAGCUCAAAAUGGCACUGAGAAUCAGGUAUUAAUUACCUUAGAGCACUUUGAGGCUCAGGCUUCAUGAAAAUAAUUUAUUAUAAUAAAUUAAAAUAAUAGUCUGUGAAAGUUUUGGUACUUGACUGCAAUGCAAAACUGCAAGUUGCUAAGCACUUUCUUCCUUUCCCUGAUAGCAACAUGAUUAUGCAGAAAUACUCUCUUUGCAGAACUGAGCCCUUUGUUUUUAUUUCGUAUUGUAGUUCUUCAUACCUCUUAGAGACCUAACAUUAAGGUUACUCUCACACUAAGUCAUUGCUUGAUAUGUUUUUUCCCUAAGUCUAUAUUCUAAAUCAGCAAAAUCAAGAUUCAGCAUAAGUUUGUUUUUCUCUAAAUUAUGUAGUAAGCAUGUGAUCACUGGGCUUGUUCAGUCUACUUGCUGUUACUAAAAAAUCUGUGUUAUCAUCCAUGCUUUUGUUCACCACAUCUCACUAAGGCACACACCUGAUUAAGUGUGUGAUAAUAGUAUUGUAAUUUUUAAUUUAAACAAAAUAAUUUAAUUGUUUACAUUCUGGUUUUUGGUAUAGAAUUACUUCUGGUUGAAGUGUUGGCUGGUCUUUUCAGAACUUUCUAAUUGAACUGUAAUUUAAUGGGAACUUGAGUUAAUGGUUUCAUAUUAGUAACAUAUACAAAAUAAUGAUUCUCCUAGAAAGAUACCGAAUGGAAUCAGAUUUCUCUUUUUAUAUUACAAUUUAAAUUAAAAUAUUUUGACUUGGGGGGUUGAUUUCUUAUAAAUAUUUAAUAUUUUGUUGUAGUUCGUUCUACAUUCAACAAUGUAGUUCAUUGAACAGAUUGCUAUUGCCACUUCAUUUCAACGUUUGUAAUUUAUUUCUCUUUACAUUGUAUUUUGGUUAAUAAAAUAUACAAAGUUGUAAGUAA